AUGUCUGGAAACCUGCUUGAACAACGGCGCAAGCAUGCCUCGCUCGAAUCUCCAGACUCUGCCACCGUGGCCGCCAAUCUCAUGAGCAGGAGCUCCUUCACCCUUGACAAUGAACCUCCGCCGACACCUCACCCAGAGAGCGCUUCCAAAGGCUUCACAGACUUACCCGAGCAAGACAAGCGCAACUUCCUAUUACUCGUCCUGCUGUACUUCUUGCAAGGCAUCCCUAUGGGUCUGGCCAGUGGCUCCGUCCCUUUCCUCCUCAAGUCGCAUCUCUCGUACGGCCAGAUUGGCGUCUACUCGCUCGCUUCAUACCCCUAUUCGCUCAAGCUAUUAUGGUCGCCCAUUGUCGACGCUGUAUGGACCCCCAAGCUGGGCAGAAGAAAGAGUUGGAUUCUUCCUAUACAAACAAUCAGUGGCUUUGGCAUGAUCUGGCUUGGAUCUCACGUCGAGGACAUGAUGGUCAAGGCUGGUGAGAAUGGCGGCGCAGGUGUCUGGAAAUUUACUGGUUGGUGGUUCGCCCUGGUCCUGAUGUGCGCCACUCAAGAUAUCGCUGUGGAUGGUUGGGCACUUACCCUCCUGUCACCAUCCAACCUCUCUUACGCCAGUACCGCCCAAACCGUCGGUCUGACCGCUGGCCAGUUCCUUUCUUACACUGUCUUCCUCGCCCUGUCGUCCAAAGACUUCGCCAACAAGUGGUUCCGCAGUACUCCUGGAGAGACUGGCCUCCUUACUCUUGGUGGUUACCUGAGCUUCUGGGGAUGGGCCUACCUGCUUGUUACUCUCGGCCUCGCUGUGCUCAAGAAGGAAGACAAGACCAAGGAAAGAGAUGGCAUCAUGGAGGUCUACAGAGUCAUGGGCGGUAUCCUCAGCUUGAGGAACAUCCAAACAUUCAUCGUCAUUCAUCUCAUCGCAAAGAUUGGCUUCCAGGCCAAUGAUGCCGUCACCAACCUUAAGCUAUUGGAGAAGGGCUUUAGCCAGGAAGAUCUUGCCUUGACUGUCCUCAUCGAUUUCCCCUUCGAGAUCUCAUUAGGCUACUACGCCGGAAAAUGGAGCGAGCAGUAUGCCCCGAUGCGUCUUUGGUGUUGGGCAUUUGUAGGCAGACUGAUUGCUGCUGCCUUUGCUCAGUUCACCGUCAUGAUCUUCCCCAGCGGUGGUACUAAUCUUCCGUACCUCUGCGUCGUCAUCGUCGAGCACGUCUUCAGCACAUUCAUGAGCACCGUCAUGUUCGUCGCCGUCAGCGCUUUCCAUGCAAAGAUUGCCGAUCCUCACAUCGGCGGUACCUACAUGACUCUCCUCGCUACCGUCUCCAACCUCGGUGGUACAUUCCCUCGCUUCUUCAUCCUCAAGUUCGUCGACAUGUUCACCUCUGCAACGUGCACACCCCCCUCGAUCCCACCUCCCGACUUCAAAGGCGAACUCAUCACCAAACCCUUUUCCUGCGCACUAGAAAACGACCGCCAUAUCUGCACCAACGGAGGCGGUACCUGCAACAUCACCACCGAUGGUUACUACAUCGUCAAUGUACUUUGCAUCAUCAUCGGCAUUGUCACUUUCUGGGGUUUCAUCAAGCCCAAGGCAUUACAGUUGCAGAGCUUGCCUUUGAGAGCUUGGAGGAUUGCUGAGCAGUAG